AUGGCUCGCUCGCCGAAGAAGAGACGUUCGGAUGUGGAUGUCCACUUCACCCUCAAGAGAGUCUUCAGAAAAGCUGGCUUUCGGCCGCUGCAGCUUGAGGUCAUUCAAGCAGCCAUAGCGGGUCAUGAUAUCUUCCUCUGUGCUGCCACCUCCUUCGGCAAAUCACUAUGCUACCAGCUGCCGGCAGUCGUCGCUACGGGCGUGACGAUGGUAGUGUCGCCGCUUCUUGCUCUGAUGAACAACCAGGUCCUCGCUGCGAAAGGUCUCGGCAUUGCUUGCGAGAUGAUCACCGGCAGCACGACUCUACAAGAGCGCCGCAAGAUCGAGACAGAUCUGCUCUGCGGUCAUCCAGAAACGCGACUUCUCUAUGUGACGCCUGAGCUCUGCCAGACUGAUCGAUUCAGAAAGAUAUUGCAGCAGAUUCAUCGACAAGGCCAACUUACGCGCGUUGCCAUAGAUGAAGCUCAUUGCAUCAGCGAAUGGGGUCAUGACUUUCGGAAAGCGUAUAAGGAUCUAGUAUGGAUGAAGCAAAACCUCAUCUUGCCCAGCGUGCCCAUAAUGGCAGUGACAGCAACGGCCACUAAGCAGGUUCGCGACGAUAUUUACACUUUCCUCGGACUCAAGACUGCCAUGAGCUUCAGCACAUCGUCCGCGCGACCCAACAUCCACUAUGAAGUUCAGUACUUCUCCGAGUCAAACCCACACAGCACAGAAGGUGAUCUGUACCCCAUCCUCCUGAACUGGCUCACUCGCCUGCACCACCGCCGUUACCUGGGCUCCUUGCACGCUCCAGACCCGACUCCCUUCCUGAACCCAAUCCACGGCAUCAUAUACUGCUCGACUCGCAACUCCGCCGACGAUCUCGCCGCUCGACUCACAGCGCACAGCAUCCGCGCCUCAUCCUACCAUGCCGGACUCGACACCUUAACACGCGGACAAGCACAAGCCUCGUUCCUUGCCUCACCGCCAAUUCCGGCGGAGGAGACAGCGUCAAUAGCCCACUCCUUCAAUCUAGUCUGCGCCACGACCGCUUUUGGCAUGGGCAUCGACAUGCCCAACAUUCGCUUCGUCGUACACUACGGCCUGCCACGAGGUAUGGAGUCCUUCACCCAAGAAUCAGGUCGUGCAGGACGUGACAACAAGGCGGCCAGUAGUGUCAUCCUGUAUACGCGGGAGGACAAGGAUCGAGCUUUGUGGCGGCUGAAUCAGGAUGCAAUGCGUGAAAGGAAGAGUCAUGCCGGAAAUGGCCAAGGCAAUGCUGAUGGAGAGGUCAGUAGGUCUAUGGCAGCGAAGCAGCUCAGCUUGCAGAAGAUGAUCGAGUAUUGCGAGAAUGCGGGGCGUUGUCGUCAUGAGCUGGUAGGAGAAUAUUUCGGGAACGAUUUCGGAAAUUCUGUUUGCGUGGACGCAGAGAGUCAUCAGACACCGAAAGCUCUUGGUCUAAGCUGUGACUACGCCUGCGAUGUGUGCAAAGAGGGUCAGGCUGUGCUGCAGAAACGCAAGGAUAAAGGUCUGGCCACUGCAGAGGAGUCCAUGGAGUACACUCAACGACAGCGGAUGAUGGGCACUUACGAUGAUUACGUGGAAUACGGUAAUGGCAAGGAGUAA